AUGUCUGAAGAAACGCCCUCCUGGAGAUCACUCGCUAGCGCAGCCUCGCGCUCGAUCAAAGGCUAUGUAUCGCAACGCGACUUCAGAAAACCGCUCCCAACCAGUCGAGAUGCCAACGUGGCGGGAAGUUCCAGGGGACAGACGUGGGGUCAGUGGGCUGGACAGAAACUCCGGCAAGUCCAGGGCGAAUCUCUUGGCGCGGACCAAUUGCUACUGUUCCCUGGCUGGGCCACAAGGAGAUUCCAUACUCCUCCCCAGGACCCUGCAUCGGAUGACGCUCCCUUUGACAUUGAGGUGUUUGUUACGGGAUACGCAUCACGAUCCAGUGGGCCCGGAUUCGGGACUCGUGGAGGCAAGGCAUUCAUGAGACUGGCAAGAAGUUAUGCAGCCUUACCAAAGCUUACGGCCACCCAGGGCUACAACGGAACCUGUACAACAGAUGCACAGCUCAACAGGUUGACACAAGAGCUUUUGGAAUCCGGACAUCUGCCCCCUCCACCUGAGGAGAUGGACGAUGACGCCGAACUCCGAGCGCUGGAGAGCCAGCUUCGAGAGCUCGACGUUGAUGCCGAGGACGCAUCCCCUGGUCUGAAUGCCGAGACAGUGUCCAUAGCAUCGUCAUGCACAUCUAACUCGUCAGCCCAGUCAACUGCCUCUGGUUAUGCCGCCUAUUCAAAUCCGCACGCAAAUGGGUCAAGCUCUAAUGUCUCUGCCGAGAUCCAGAAGUGGCAUACGAAUCUGGAGACAAGACUGCAUCCUUUCUGGUCAUCUGCACUCUCCGGACGACCAAUUCGUAUCUCGCUGUUCGCUACCGAUCCAUCGCUGUACAAGCAGGACCACAGCUUGGGGAAUGCGGACGACAGCUCGCACCAACCUCUUCUCCGCUGUGUUGUAAGCACUACCGCCGACGGGUCGUUCCAAACAAGGUUUCACGUCCCAUGGGCCACACUGUGCCAGCAUCCUCAUGGAGUCCAAAUUGCGUUCGGUGAUCGGUGCAUCGAAGAUGAGCUCUAUAUCGCCGUUGAACUGCCCCCAGCGUCUCAGUCGACAGGUUCCGCGGCGUACCAUUUUUCAAUGAGGAACACCAUAAGCGCUUCGAUUACAGUGCCACUCACGUAUGCGCCCGUGCGCGUUAUAUCCGACAUCGACGAUACUGUCAAGCUAGCCAGCGUGCUCAGCGGAGCACGUACUGUAUUCCAGAAUGUUUUUGUGAAGGAUCUGCACGAGAGCAUUAUUCCUGGUAUGGCGGACUGGUACACCAACAUGUGGAAGCACGGCUCCAAUGGGCCUUUCGAGAUCCUACCUAUUCUGAAUGAAUUCUUUCCCCUGAGUCGUCUCCCACCAGGAUCCGUCAAGCUGAGGUCGUAUGGCGGGCGAUCCCUUUUCAGCGGCCUUCUCUCCGCACCAGCAGUCCGGAAACGAGGAGGCGUUGUCGAGCUCCUCGACAAUUUCCCUGAUUCACAGUUCAUUCUAGUGGGCGACUCGGGCGAACAGGACCUCGAGCUCUAUGCGAGCAUCGCAAAGGAGCGACCUGCCCAAAUCCUGGCGAUCUUCAUCCGCGAUGUCAGCGCGAACUCCGGCCUGCCGCCUCUCGGCGACCCUACGGGAUCCAAUGUGUUUGAGAUGGACCGCGCUACCCCUCCACCCCUAUCCAGGAAGUCCAGUUCCAGAGGCAGUACUAUGCGUACGCCAAUUGCAAGAUCAACUUCGGACAGAGGUGGUACACCCAAAUACGCAGUGAGAAGGCCGAGAAGAAUGCAGUCAGAUACAAUGCUUUCCACGGCACCACUGGAGAAUUCAGGAUCGUACUUCACUUCAUCUCUUACAGAUUCCCCAGUGACAGAAGAGCCUGUACCCAUCGAACAAAUGUCGACGCAGUCGUCGCCUGGGAUGAUCACAGAGCAAGUCAGCUACGACACAUACGGGGAUGCUCGGCAAGUUAUGUCAGAGGCAGAGAGGAGACUAAGCGAGUUACAAAUGCGUAUCUGGCGAGCGAGGCUAGAUGUACCUGAACACAUUCCCUUGCGCAUUUUUAGGCAGCCAGAAGAGUGCGAGGAGGCUAAUAUCAUUUUGGACGGAUUAAUCCCAGGACACUGA